AGAAAAAGAAGAAGAAGAAGAAAGUGUAGAAGAUGAAGAAAAUUACCAUGAAGUAAUGAUGAUGGUGGCAAUAAUAAAGCGAUAUUAAUGAUAGUAACAAACUAACAACUUUGAAGUUAAUACGAAUAAUAACGAUUCAUAAGCAUUGAUAAGGCCUAAACUAAAACGAUGAUAAUGCUUCUCGAGUGCCGAACUAUACAAAAAGGAAAAAAAAAAAAAAAUGCGUGAUUGCAUGAGCGUCUUUAUAUGCUCGCUUGGCUUAAUAAUAACAAUAAUUAUAAUCUAAAGCGAUGUAGAUCAUUUUAUAUAUCUGCGAUAUAUAAAUAGACAUAUUUCGAUAUUUUGAUUUAAUAAAUAAGGAUAAAUGUAUUAUGGUCUUCAGAUAUAUUUUUCAGAAUAAACUGAUCAAAUGUCACCAGAAAAGAACUUCGGAUUUUUGUUCAUAAUUACAAAUAUAUAUAUAAUUAUGUACGUUUCGAACGAACGAAUGAAUGUAUAAGAAAUAUGACACACUCGAUCUUUAAGGUACGCAUUAUUUAACGGUAGCAACAUUUUCUAAAAAAAAGAGACAAUCCUAACCCUAACCUUAACCCUAACCCUCACCCUCACCCUACCGGAUGUGCACAGUACUGUACUUUUAUAUCGACAUACACAAAUGAUGGUGAGUAAAUAAACUAUUUUCGAAAUGUAUUCACAUUUCAUGCACAAAUCUUUGUUCAGUGUCUCGUUACAAAUGAUUCCAUUCAUCUGUUUCGGAUAUUUGUAUUUCAAUACCAGAAUGCGGAUUGUUUUUAGGUAGGACAAGACAUGAGGUUUUUCCUACCUGGCAACAAUUAAUGUAUGAAAUUCGCAUUCUGACUAUUGCAAUACAGUGAUUCAUAACAGGUGAAUGAAAUAGAUUGUAACAUGCACUUAUCAAAUAUUUAUGCAUCAACUUUGAAUGCAUUACGAAAAUGGUCUACUAGCUACCUUAGCUAUAUACAUUACGUAAUAGGCUAUUUUUUCAGAAACGUGCCUCUCCUUUUGAUUAAAUAAUGAAUAUCGUCUGUGUGGUCUCAUAUAGUAGAAUCAAGUGAAUUCCAGAACCUGGGGCCAGUGUACAUUAGAGUAUUCAGAGUGAAGGUUGUCCUUGCAUAUAUAGGGUAAAUGGAGAGCAAAAGCCUGUCUAGUAUUAUGGCUGUGAAUUUGGUUAUUUCUUCUAAAGAUUUGAGCAAAGGCAGAAGGGAGGUCCCCAGAGUGAAUGCUAAACAUGAGUAUUUCAAGUUGCACUGAAUAGGGAUCUUCUAGUUUUAGAAUACGGUUUUCAUAAUAAAGUAGAUUUGUAUAUGCACGUAAUUCGCCUUAUGAGAUACGACUAGCUUUUUUCAUAUGAUUUCCUGUUAAUUAUUCCAUUGUCGCUUCAAUCAUUUGCCAUAACGCCUAGCUUUCUCAUUUUUGUGUUCUUUUAAAAAUAACCGUUAGAAUAUUUCAUCCGUUUUUGCGGGUGAUUAUAUUUCUAGUAAAUUUUUAAAUAUUUUAACUGGAAAUGCACAAUAUGACUUUUGGUUUCGUUAGAAAACGUUCAUAAUUGUUUCCGGAACCUGUAUUUAGUUUUGAUUCCUAAUUUAGAAUAUGAUAACCACAAUUUUGUAAGGAAAACAAAUCCGAGCGCUUUUUCACAGCUCAAAGUGAGGCUGACCGUCUGCAGCAAAGGAUACAAAUUUGUGUAUCCUUCUAUGAGCUUGUGUUAGCAUUUAUUCAAGAGCGAUAUAUUAUCAUCCGACAAAGGUGUACCUUUCCUUUUUCAGAGGUGAUAUAUUGACGUCAUGGCAAACGACUCGAUCUUGUACCCAUUGCUCAUCGCUUGUCUCCUCAUCAGCUCGUCCUUUCAAUCUUUACAUCGACACGAUGGAGAUUCGGCAAAGCCAUUCAUAACACUGGACAUGGACAAAUCUUUCCAUGGAUGCGAUCAGAACCUUGAACUGAAAAAAGCUUCUUGCAGCAAUAAAGGCCUGGAGACGGUUCCCCAGAAUCUUUCUGAGGAUACCGAGGAGCUUAACUUGUCUUAUAACAAUAUCAUCAAACUCCUGAACUCCUCGUUUGAAGUAUACCCUCUAAUCAACUCCUUGGACAUUUCUUCUAGCGAUGUAAGAGUGAUAGAAUCCGCCGCUUUUUACCCCCUCAAGAGCUUAAUGUACCUGUCUCUAUCUUUUAACCCGCGUCUUGUGCUUCCAGCGACAGGCGUAUUCAUGAUGUCUUCACAGCUUUCAAUUCUCCAUUUAACGGCAUCAAACUUGAAGUCGCUCCCUAAUGACACUCUAAAAUGGAGUCCACAUCUAGAUGCUGCAUAUCUGUCCUCCAACCAGCUCUCCGUCAUCAGUGUAAGUUCUUGUGGCAUGGUCGAGACUGUACGCAUGGCUAGUAAUCGACUACAACACCUUACAGCGAGAGAUUUCACCUUUGUGUGCCACACUGAUACUCUAGAUCUGAGACACAACCAUAUCCAAUCAGUAGACCCUGAUGUGAUCGCAUCACUGCAUGUUCGCGCGUUGGUGCUAGGUGGCUACCCUUUGAGUAACGAGGUAUUGGCGAACAUCAUCCUCGGAAUCUCAAAAUCAGACAUCGAACAGCUUACAAUCCAGGAAGGCUCUGUUGGUGCAUUUCCUAAAGAUUUCUUUGGUCCUCUGUGCGAUUCUUCCCUCACUGUUCUAGACUUCUUCGGCAACAAACUGAAUAGCCUCCAUCCUUUAGUCUUCUCCAAUUUGACAAAACUCAGAGAACUCAGUUUCAAUGAAAACAAACUCCCCAUAGUCGAAAUUCGACCAGACUUUUUCAACGGCAUGAAUGCAUUAAAGGUACUGACAAUCUACAACAACCAAAUAAGACAAAUAAAUCCUCACAAUCAGACUUGGACCGUAGAUUUAUCGGAGCUUGACUUAUCCGGUAAUCUGUUUACAGAAAUAUCUGCAUCUGUCUUUCGCGGUUUAGAAAAUUUAACUUUCUUAGACAUGAGCUCGAACAAAUACCUUUCUGCCUUUGAGCUGACGGCCUUUUCGGGACUUGACAAUAUUCAAACCAUUGAUUUGACCGGAUGUUGCAUAACUGUUCUGGAAGUGAACACGCCAUUAUUAAGAUCACUUUUUCUAAACUAUCUCAAUUCAGUCUGGCUUCCUUUGCGACCAGGAAAAUCGUUUCAACAUUUACAAUCCCUUGUUAAUUUGAGUAUGAUCGAAUCCACCCUUCACCGGACUUACCUAUGGAAUGCAACUACAAACGCGUCUCUUUUCGAUGGAUUAUUGGCUCUUAAUCAUUUGGACUUGAGUAGUAACCCUUCUCUGUGUUUAUUUUGGGAUUUACAGCCAGGGAUAUUUCAGCAACUCUCUGCUUUACAAUGGUUAAGUCUAGACAACUGCUAUAUUACAAAUCUACAUCCUCUUGUCUUCUCGGGGUUGGAAUCGCUUCAGAAGUUGAGUUUGAAAGAAAACAACAUCCAGUUUAUUCAUGAUGAUGUAUUGUCGGGGUUGGGCCAAAUAAAAAGUAUCGACUUUAGAGGAAACCGUAUCGCGUACUUGGAGGAGCUAAUGUUCUCAAAUAACUGGAAGCUCACAAAUCUCUCCUUGGCCAACAACGGAUUAACGCGCCUUAAUCAAAACACUUUCAAGCCGAUCUCUUCCUCCAUUUCAUCACUUGAUCUAUCAAUGAACCCAAUCAACUGUAACUGUGAUCUAAAGUGGCUUAUUGAUUGGUUAAAUGAAAAUAUACGCCUGCAAGACAAGGAAAAAACUAUCUGUUCGUCAGCAUCUCUGGAGCCUCUUCGUGAGAAAGCCCUGCUUGAUUUUGAUCCAAAUGAACUCUGUAUAAUGAACUAUGGUUUAUUCUCUCUGAUUCCCCUCGUCUCCAUUAGCUUGGUUGUAAUCAGCGUAAUGUUGUAUCACUACCGAUGGCAGUUGAGGAACAAACUCUUUCUCUUGAAACUGGCCGUACUGGGCUUUAAAGAGAUGCGAGACGCUCGAGACCACAAUGACUACGAGUUUGACGUGAACAUCAUUUUCUACGACGAUGACGAAGAAUGGAUUCGCGAACAGCUUCGACCGGCUCUCGAAGAACGGCUCCCACAGUUUCAGAGGAACUCCUUUGGUGACCAAGACCUUAUUCCGGGUAUGCACUACCUAGAUUCCGUCUAUUACGUAGUGAGUCAUAGUUACAAGACCAUCGUAGUGCUUAGCAGAGCUGCUGUGCACGACCACUGGUUCAUACUCAAGCUCAGGACGUCCAUGGACCACGUGAGUGACACUCUGACGGAAUUCGUAGUCGUGGUUUUCCUCGAAGACAUCCCAGACGAUGAAAUGCCAUUCUUGGCGAGGUUGUACCUCAGUGAUGGCAGACCCUAUAUCUACUGGCCUGAGGACGUGAGAGGACAAGAUUAUUUUUGGGGUAAAUUGACCAAAAAUCUGACCAUCAAUCUAAGGACGAAUGACUUGAUCCCAAACGAGUAGCUGUCAUGUAUGAAUAAAUAGAUACAUGUGAUGGUUAUCAGUAAUGAAGGUAGUAGUAGAAGUAGUAGUAGUGGUAGUGGUAGUAGUAGUAGU